UACACAGAAACAUCAAGAUGACUUUUUGGAUGUAAUAGAGAGAGCAGUCAAAACUGGUGUUAAAAAGUUUAUGAUUACAGGCGGAAAUCUACAAGAUAGUAAAGAUGCAUUGCAGCUGGCACAGACAAACGAUAAAACAAAUGAAGAGUGUUUUUUGGAGGAGGAGUACUUCUCUAUCAUAGAAGAAUGUACAGAAUAGCCAGCUCCCCUUAUUAUCUAUUUCAGGGAUUUUCAAAAGGCAUUUGACAGUCUGCAGAGGCAAACAUUGUAGAAUAUUCUUCAGUCUUACGGAAUUCCAGCUAAAGUUAUCAGCGUUGUCAAUGCUGUAUACAGCAAUGCAAAGUGUACUGUAGGAGUGAACUACCAGACAACAGCGUGGUUCAGCAUGGACAGUGGUGUGAAACAGGGCUGCAUUGUGUAUCUGAUAAUGAAGCAUAUUACCAGCACAAACACUGGCAUAGCAUGGGUAGUUGCCAAAUGCCUAGAAGGCCUAGACUUCUGGUGAUAUCGUGCUAUUGAACGACACCCCCAAAAGCUACCAUCGAAGACAGACACCGUGGCAAAAACAGGAAGCCAAGCAAGGCUCUAAAUCAGUUACGCUAAUACAAACAUCCUUGAAACCCGAAUGUUAAGCUGUGGCAUCCUACUGGAAGGUAAAACCGUCAAGAAAGUAGAAUAGAAGUUCAUUUACAUUUGGUUAGCACCAGACUAGCCAAUGGAGACCUCAGGAAAGAAAUGACAACAAGGAUAGGAAAGGCAUCCACAGCAUUCACUAAACUCAACAACGUAUGGAAAUCAAAGAUAUAGAGAGCCCAAACAAAACUGAGAAUUGUCAACUCAAACGUAAUCUCAGUGCUAAUAGAGCUGGAGCUCUACCAAACAAUUAAACAAAAAACCACGUGCCUAUGAAAAUAAGUGCCUCUGAAAGAUCCUAGGCCUUGGAUGGAAAGAUUUCAUCACCAGUGAAGAGAGCCAAGAAAUUACGAACCAGCAACUUGUCUCUACCAGAAUCAGAAGGAAGUGCUUGAUGUAUUUGGGGCAUAUACUCUGGAUGCCAACCCCCAGACUUUCACAUGAAUCUGUCAAGUGGAAACCAACUGGUGUGAGGAAACAAGGGUGCCCAAGAAAAAUCUUAAGAAGCCUUAGUAUGGAGGGCAGAACAGUUGGUCUGAACACCAUAGAGCAGAUGGAAGCAGCAGCUAAUGACAGAAGGCGAUGGAAGAGACUCACAACUCUGACAUGUUUUACAGUACGGUUGGCUGUCAUCCCACCCGCUGUGGAGAAUUUGAGCAGAAUGACCCUGACCAAUAUUUAGCUGAAUUGCAAAAUCUAGCUGAAAAAAAUAAGGGGAAGAUCAGAGCAAUUGGGGAAUGUGGCCUGGAUUUUGAUAGAUUAGAAUUUUGCCCGAAAGACACCCAACUCAAAUACUUUGAAAAGCAAUUUGACCUGUCAGAGCAAACAAAAUUGCCAAUGUUUCUCCAUUGUAGAAAUGCACACACUGAAUUUUUAGAGAUAAUGAGAAGGAAUAGAGAGAGAUGUGUGGGAGGAGUGGUACAUUCAUUUGAUGGCACAAAGGAAGAAGCAGCUGCUAUUAUAGAUUUGGAUCUCUAUAUAGGAAUAAAUGGUUGCUCACUGAAAACAGAAGCCAACUUAGAAACACUGAAGUCAAUUCCUAGUGAAAGAUUAAUGAUAGAAACGGAUGCUCCCUGGUGUGGUGUGAAAAAUACUCAUGCUGGGUCAAAGUGUAUAAAAACAUCAUUUCCCACAAAAAAGAAAUGGGAAGUAGAGCACUGCUUGAAGGAUAGAAAUGAACCUUGCCAUAUAAUUCAGGUACUGGAGAUAAUGACGACAGUAAGAGAGGAAGAUCCACUGGAACUGGCCAACACUCUUUACAACAAUACUAUUAAAGUCUUCUUUUCAGAUAUGUAAUACUAUGUUUCUUACCUUUAU